ACUUAUGGUUAUUUUCUCUUUGCAUGUGGUUCAGCUUUACUCUGUUUUUCAGUAACUUUGUCCUUGCAAAAGCCUGAUAUGGACUGACAGAUCAAUCCCUGUAUUGGGUUUCUGAGAUAAGAGCGUCAAUCAGAAAGGAUGGUGGAGAGGUGAUAGUCGCGUACUUUGGACCCACUUCACUUGCUCUUCUUCUUUGCCACAGGCUGCAGCGUCGCGGGUAGUUUCUCUUCUCUCCUGUAAAACAUGAAGGUUGAUUUUGCCCCCCUGGAUGUGCCAUUCCAGAGGAGACUGCAGACAGCCUCGGUGCUGCAGUGGGUCUACUCUUUUCUUGGCCUGGCACCCACCUGCAUCUUCCUGUUCUUCUACCUGCUCUUCACCCGUUACUGGCUGAUCAGCGUGCUGUACGCCAUCUGGUGGUACUUUGAUUAUGACACCCCGGCACAAGGAGGCCGCAGGUUGCAUUUUCUGUGUGGCCUCAAGGUUUGGGAAUACAUGCGGGAUUACUUCCCCAUCAAGCUGGUGAAGACAGCUGACUUGGAUCCGAGGCACAACUACGUCUUAGGCUUCCACCCCCAUGGCGUGCUGGUGGCAGGAGCCUUCACUAACUUCUGCACCUACGCCACAGGAUUCAGGCAGCUGUUCCCUGGCCUCACCAGCUACCUGCUCAUGUUGCCCCUUUGGUUCAGAGCCCCGUUCUUCAGAGACUACAUCAUGUCUGCAGGUUUGAUUCCAUCUGACAAAGACAGCGCCAGCUAUCCGCUCUCCAGAAAGGGUGGCGGUAACGCUGUUGUAAUAGCGGUCGGCGGGGCCCCAGAGGCCCUCGAUGCUCACCCUGGGUCCUACAAUGUGAUGCUGGCCAAGAAGAAAGGCUUCAUCAAAAUGGCCAUGGAGCAUGGAGCUCAUCUGGUGCCGGUCUUUUCCUUUGGGGAGAAUGAAGUGUUUGAUCAAGUGGUAAACACAAGAGGAACAUGGCUGCGGUGGAUGCAGGAACGGCUACAAAGCAUCAUGGGUAUCUCUCUGCCUCUCUUCCACGCUCGUGGCAUUUUCCAGUACUCCUUUGGUCUCAUGCCCUACAGAAAACCCAUCAAUACAGUAGUGGGACGGCCAAUUAAAGUGGAGAGAAACAGAAAGCCAACAGUUGAGGAGAUGGAUGCCCUUCACCAGCUCUACAUGGAUGAACUAAGCAACCUGUUCGAGGAGCACAAAGGCAACUAUGGAGUGGACAAGGACACUCACCUGAACUUUGUCUAAACUAAACUGAGGAUAGAGACUUGAAUGCUUAUUUAUUUCUAAAGCUCCAGCGCUGCAUGUUCAGAUAAUUGUCCAUUUUGAU